AUGGGAACCGAAGUGAUCAGGCCUCAAAACUGUUUGGUUGACCGGAUGAGAGAUUCUCCGGCGACAAUUUUUCACCAACCCCCGAGAAAUCAUUCUCACCGGAAACCACCUCUCCGACCAGACCAAAGGAGACGGUUCGGUUCCGUUGACUUCAGAACAACGUCGAAGGAUGUCAUUAGGAGAAGAGGAGAGUCUUUUGAUUCGUUUUCAAACAUCAAGUCUCGGAGAUCCAAUGCACCUGCCGACGAUAUCUACGCCGGAUCUUCGAUUUUCGUUGUUUCUCCGGCGCCGAGUUCGUUACCUUUGCCGUCGUUCUCGAGGAGGAAUGUGAAAAGCCAGGUGGUUGUUGUUUCCGUUGAUGAUUUGGCGUCUCAGGAUCUCCGGCGACUUCUUCGGCUUGAGUUUUGA